AUGAAAGCUCAGGAAGAAGAUUUAUGGAUCAAGGAUAACUCAGAACCUGAAGGAAGAAGCAUCUGGAAAGGAAUACAAAAGUGUAAACCAAUUCUGGAGGCAAUUGCAGUCACAGAAGUUAAAAAAGGUAAUGCAGUUAGCUUUUGGUGGGAUAAUUGGACUGGAACUCAGCCACUGAAGAUGAAAGACAUAGUACAAAAUGAUACAUGGAACAUACUUCUGAGCAGGAAUUUGACACAGAUUGAGACUACAGAAAUGCUUGCACUAUUUGCAGACUUGGGUACUCCUCCAGUUUUAGAUGAUGAGGCUACAGAUGAGCUGAGAUGCACACUUGCAGGAGGCUUUAGUGCUAAAACAUGCUACAAUUGGUUGGUGGAGCAGCUGCCAGCACUUCCAAAUCAAAUUCCAGUCUCCUGCAUCUGGAUUCAAUAUGUUCCACCUAAAGUGAAGUUCUUCUUAUGGUCAGCAGCUUUAAAUGCUAUACCAACUUUGGAUAAUUUGAUGAGAAGGGGUUGCCAGGUACAAAAUCAGUUAUGCCCCAUGUGUCAGAUGCAUUCAGAAACAGUGAACCAUCUAUUUCUACAUUGUGCAUAUGCCUCUAAAGUGUGGAACUAUUUUCUCAAAGGAUAUGUUGUUAGCUGGGUACAGGGUGAAACCCUCAUUGCUCAAUUGGAAUCUUGGAAAUUUCGCAGAGGAAGGAACAGAGGCAGAAAACUGUGGCCUUUAGUAAUAUUUGCAAUUUGUUGGUCCAUCUGGGAUGAAAGGAACAGAAGGGUCAUGGCACACAAGAGACCAAGAGAGGAUAAGGUGGUGAUUACAGAAGUGAAGCUCUUGCUUUACAACUGGGGCACAAAUCAAAACUGGUUUCAUUUUAACUCCUUUAGAGAGCUUGUAACACACUGGAAAGUGAUCAUAAACUGCAGAUAA